AGUCCCAUUCCAAAACCAGAGCUCCCUCUCUUUCUCUUCACCAACUUGCUUACACUGUAUUAGUAAACACCAAAUUCACAUAUGGUUUCUAUAUUAUAACUGCACUGGAUAUACCCAAUUAAUAAAGAAAAAAAAAAUGGAGUCUGCUUCUAAUGGAGAGGAACCCAUUUCGUGGGAAGAGCUUUACAAUAUUAAUUUGAUGCCAUCUGAGUUGUUUUUCAAGUUCAGAAAGGAAAUUGAAGGGAUUAGAGUUGGUCUUAAUUUAGAGUUCUAUAAUGCUCCAACCAAUGACUUUCAAGCCAAACUUGUUUUGAAGCCUCUAUCCCCUGAACGGCGGUGGAAGUUCAUAUAUGAACCUAUACAUCAGGAUGUGCGUAUUCUUUCUAAGAAGAUUCCGAUAACCAAAUUUCUGAAUCUCCAGAUUGGUAUAGGUCAUAAUUUUCAGUUGCAUGCUACUGGUUGGAAAUGGAAGCUUACUACAUGUCUGGGUGGGGAUGGCAUAUCUCGUAUACAGAACAAGACAUCUCUUGGCUUAUUCCCUGGCAUGGAUUUACGAUUUGGUUGGAGGGCGGAUUAUGUACUUCCUGAAAUUACUGGGGCAUUAGGCACUGAUGACCCAUUAUUCAACAUGAGCACAGGACGAUUGCAGGCAUCUCUAGACAGAGUGGAGGCUAUUGUAACCCAUACAUCAUGAUCGCUAGUUGUUCACAAGGUCUAGCAGGAAAAAGAAUGAAAAUGGUCUUGCAAGCAUAAUUGGAAAGACACGGCCUGACCAUUCAUUCGAGGGGUGGACCAUCUGAAGUUUUACGCCUAAUGAAAUGAUUCGUAAAUCUUAAGAUCACACAUAAUGAUUGGAAUGUAAAAUACAAAUAACAGUAUCAGAACAGUUCCUUUUGCGAGAGCUCAGUUCUUGUUUUCUGCUUUUUUUCUUUUCCUGAUUUUCACCUGCAACUGGUCUGAAAUUAUUAUAGCCCUGGGCUGAUUCUUUAAUCGGAAUAUCUAUUUGUGCCA